CGUGGGGCACCAUGGCAGGAUCGAGCGUCGAGCAGCGUUGGGCCGAGCUUCGCACCUUGCUGCCGGCCGAUACCUUUGCCGAUGCGAUGCGCUUUGUCGAUGACGUCGAGGCCAAGCUCGCCGACCUGCGGGCGCUGCAGGCGACGGCGCCGCCUGCCAGUGUCGUCACGCUCAACGUCGGCGGCAAGAAGUUUGCCACCGCCACCGCCAACAUACGGCGCUUUCGCGGGAGCUACUUGGACGCCAUGCUCGCGUGGCCGCCGGAUGAGCACGGCGAGUACUUCAUCGAUACCGACCCGACCCACUUUGGCCGGAUCAUGCGCCUCGUGCGCACUGGAACACUCGCGUACGAUGGUCUCAGCACAGCCGACGUCGAGGAGUUCCAUGCGCUUCUCGACUACCUCCAGCUCCGCGCUGUCGCCGCCGAGAUGGCGUGGGACCCGGCCCACUGCAGCGCGGCGCUCUCGCUCUCGGACGCGAACCGCCUUGUAACCAAGCACGGCGUCACCGCCGACAUGUCGCCCGUCUUGGGAACGAUCCCCACGGCGCGCUUCUGCGUUCGGUUUGCCGCGCACCAGACCAUCGACGUUGGGCUGACGACACGCGACAACUUUGAAGACACGCGGCACACGGGCGCGCUUCCCGGAUGGUUUUUUCGAUGGCCACGGGCGUUCUUGCAGGCGUUUGUGCCAGGUCAAGUCCUCACGCAGACGCCAACGUCGUUGGUCCGUGACGAGGACGACGUCGUCGUUGUCGGUGUCCACUAUGAUCGCCACGCUGCGUCCAUCCACGUUGAGGUCAACGGCCAAAGCGUGGCCGAGUGCCUACGCGGCAUUCCGCCAGGCCUGGUCUUGCUGCCGAUCGUUCGUCUCUUUGAUCACAGAGGUCAUGUCGAGAUCGUCUCGACGGACUUGGAGUGCUAA